CGAACGGUGAGCACCGACCAAGCCAAACGUCGACUUCAUUUUUCAGACGGUCCCUCACUCGGGGAAGCACUACUAUUCAAGGAUCUGACGAGGUAUAUAUCUGUUUAGUGCGUCCUCUCUCCACCAGAAAACUCUUAUUUUGAGCGGGAAGCAGGCGCCAUGGAUGGCUCUAUGCUAGUGGCAGCUCAAUUAUCGUCUCUGUAUCCGUCUGUUCACGCCGUCGGCAUUGCAAUCCCAAACUGUGGCUCCCUCGACCCGCUAUUUUCUUACACACCGGAUCAGUCAAACCUCACCGAGCACUCGACAUGUUCAACGGUGUUUCACUCAACAACAACCGGUACCAUCUUGUUACGCGUACUCGAGGGUUCCUUGUUGGAGUUAGUGUCGCUAUCCGUCGACACAGUAGCCGCUCGGUUCAAUCUUCCGUCGCCCGUGCUGCCGUCACCCGGAAUAUUCCUGUGGGAAGAACAGGAACUGCACAUAAUAGCAGUGACGGUGUCUGGAUGUGUGUAUCGUCUGGUUUUACCCUUGCGUAAUAGCAAGGAUCUUUGGCGAGAUGAAAUCCAUAACGUCUGGACGCGUGAAUACGUCAUUACACAUCGAGUGGCUGGGAUGAACGGUGUUGCUCAUAUCCACGGGACACAUUGUGUGGCAAUUGGGUUAGAGAAUGGGUCUUUACUUAGACUGGAUACAGAAUAUGUGGGAUCUGAGGGCAGUGAAGGGGAAUGGACGGAAACGCUCUUCACACCAGGCUCGUUCUUGUCUUCUCUGACUUCUUUCUUGCCCGCACUUUCCACGGGGCCCUCUCAUGCCGCAGAAAUCAUUUCCAUUGCGACGCUCCCGUGGCCGACGGACAUUGGCUCGGUGUGGUCAAUUUCUCGCGAUCGUGUCGUGAGAUUUUGGAAACCCAAGGUUGGCUGCGUGGCAUCGAAAGCUCUCCCUGCUUUACCCGGUAGAGAUGUUACGCCGUCGCCAAGCCCUUCGGCGAACGGAGGAAAUAGCAACGCUCUCCUGGAGUCCGGUCGUCAAAACUUCCUACGCGCCUUUUAUGCCUCUUCGGAUGACGAUCGCGUCUACCUUCUUGCGUUCAUUCCUACGCCAACGCUCCAUUCAUCUGGAGGUAACUUCUACCUUCUCCUCGCAGACUCAGACCGUCUGCAAGAAAUUGGGUCGAUACCUUGUUCGACAGCAAGCGCCCAUUGCCAUCUACAAGAUUUUACAGUGAUUGGGGAAAUACUCUAUGUUCUAUGGGAUCGUCAGGGCCAGUCCGUGGUCGACCGCGCUGUCAUACCAUUUAAAGAUACCGACAUUGAACCACAGUGGAAGUUGGCUUCUUAUCCUCACGAAGUCGAACUGACACCUGCAUACCUGGAAGAGGUUCUUCUUCCACCGGGAUCAUUGACGGGCAAGUUCUUCGAAGUGAUAAUGCGACCUGGGAUGUUCUCUCCAUUCACACUGCGCACGGCCAUUGACGACUACACUAGUGGUUGCUUCUCCCUUCCUGGAACCCCCGCGCCGCAGUUACAAGUGAAUUACGCCACUAUUGGGGAACAUAUUGCUGCCGUAGUUGGUUGCACAGUCACCCUUCACCAUGACCCGCAGACAGGCGCUCUGCUGCACACUGAGUACUGGAAUGCGUUCAAGCGAGAUUGGGAAGGUUUCAUUGCUCUGUGCCGAGAGAUUGAGCGCCGUUCACGGCGGCCUCUUGCAUUGGGUGUCGGGGCCAAUGGUGACGUCAUGGUUGCUGAACGGGAACGGGUCGCCUCUCUUGUAAAUGAAGAUUUGGCCAUUCGAUUAUACAAUGCUCUCAGCUCUGAGACCCCGGAGCUUGAACCUCAAUGGGAUAUUUUCGGUGCAAUGGAGAAUUUGCGUCGGGUCCUAGGUGUUCAGAUGAUGCUCAACUUGGAAAGCUGCUUGGUCGACAUCAUGCAUCAGGAAAUUGCCUUCUCUCUUGCUGAUAUCAUACAGGAUCAAGCCGUUCGUCUGAAAUUUAACGAGACUCUGGAUGAGGAUGUUCGUAACUGGCUAUUAGGCCGACUCAGAAGUUCGGCCAGCUUGUCUGAUGAAGUUCGUGCUAUGCUCGAUUAUGUGGGUGGGCUGGAAACAGGUGUCAAGAGAGAGGAUGAUAUGUCAGCUUCUGUUCCCCCGCCUCGUUCGCAAUGGACCAGAGCAAUCACCUCGUCAUAUAUUAUCGCCACAACAAAUGCUCGCUACGACCUGUGCCUUUCCAUAGUCGCUCUUCUCUUCUUCCUGGCGCCAGAAAUAGGCCAAUGGGACCCCUCUUUGUUAGCAGAGGUUUUCGCUCUCUUUCGGGGGACUGCCAUCAUGAGAUAUGUGAUCAGGCAGCCAUCCGGUCUACCUGUCAAGCCUCUUGUUGAGGAUGCCUCCGCAGCCGACGACGUUGUCUCCCUCAUGCAGAAUAUGCAUGUAUCACGGAGUCGUGGUGAUAGUACCCAAUUGUUCUCUCUCAUACAUCGACUCCUAGAUCAUUUCGGCGACAGCCAGGUCGGGCUGCCUGGUGCUGCCCAUGGUUUCCUGGAUACGGCUGGGCUUUUGCAAUCUGUUUCGCUUUCACAUGCAACCAGUAACGAAGUUGUAUUCUCCGAGAAGCUUAGGCAGCUGGGGUACUUCCAAGCUGCCUUGCAGGUACUUUCUUGGCUUCCGAGAACUGCAGGAGCCACAUACGUUCUUGCUCGGUUGUAUCUCAACAUUGGCCGCGUAGAUGAUGCGGCGUUCCUACUAGAAAAACUUGCUGGAUGUUUAGGUGUGGAUGGUGCGAUGACCGUUGCAGAUAAGAUGGUAUUGUCACUCGUCCUAACUGAACUUGAGCAGUUAGACGACUGUUACCACUUCUACAUCCAUGCGGCUGGCCUUUUCAAGUCAAAAUCGUUGGUGUAUCAGGAGACCGUCUUCACCCAGCUAGCGAUAUCCGUGGCCCCUUCGGAGAUAGACACCACCGUCCUGUGGGCAACGGUGAUCAAAGGGUAUACAGAGCUUGCUUUGUACGAUGAUGCUUAUGCGGCUUGGAUUUCCACUCCGACUGAGAAACAAAAACGGGAAAGUGUCAGUCAAUUAGUGUAUCGAAUGUGCGAGGACAAUGCUGCACAAAAACUGAUGACGUUCAAUUUUAUGGGGUUCGCCGACGAAGUUGAAGAUGCUGUCUCAUUCAAAGUUCGCAACACGGAUCCUCGAAGCCGGCCGAACUACUCAAAGAUAUUGUACGGUUGGUACACAAGUCGAAGCGACCACAAAAAUGCUGCUCUGACGAUGUACCAACGUGCGCGGAAGCUUCGUGAGCUCCUAAACGCAGAUUCGUCCACAUCGUUGGCCGGCGACGCGUUGCAGUCGUAUCUGCUUGCGAUAAAUUCGUUGUCUUUGGUGGACCCUAAAAAUGCCUGGAUUCUAAUACCUGGAUCCGUCGAUAGUGAGCAUGAGCCUAGGAAACGUCGAAAAGUUAAACGGAUACCAGAGUCAAAAUAUACUCCGGGUAAGUAUGAAAACGUAAUCAUCCAUCUGGAGGAUGUCCAGUAUGAGUACGCGCUUCUAUCUGCUCAGGUGGAUAUCGUACAGCGUCAACCUUCUGCAGGCCAGUUCACUAAGUUCCCUCUUCCACCCGCAUCAAUCGUUCUCCGACUCGUCCAAUUAAAUUGUUUCAACCUCGCCAUGACUACUGCGCGUAGUCUCGACGUGGACAUGUCCGAAUUGUUCUCUCGUUUGACAACCCAAUGCUUGAGACUCUCACGAGACCCAGACUCUUUAAGUCUGGAAGAUCAUUCCGAGUGGUUACUCACCGACAAGGUCUCUUCUUGGACUGGGACGCCGGCAGAGAAGGGAUGGAGGUACCUCCGGCAUUCUCUUGAAUGUCACGACUGUCCCGAGACGGACUAUCGGUAUUCAAAGAUCGUCCUGGAAACUAUAAUGCAGCAUCAAAAGUCGUCACCUCCGCCGUGGCUCAUCAGCUUUUUGGAGGCUCAUCACCACGAGUACCUCAUUCGCAUCAAUUUGCGCUACGAAAACUUCGGUCGUGCUAUCGACCAUACCUUAUCUUUGAUACACAAGGAAGACGCUCGUUUGGCGCUGGAUCCUCCCAAGAACGCCUCCGCUACUUGGCUACCUUACGCGAUCAUUGAUCAGGUUAUCAUCGCAGCAGCAGAGCAAGAAGUAGAACCUCCGCGCCUAUCAGAUCUCCGGUCUGAAGUUUCAAGCCGGAUGAAGAGGAUGCAGAAGCUCAGCACUUUCAAUUAAAUCUUGCUUGUAUAUAUCCUCUUGUCGUACUACGCUGUCUUUUAGCUUUAAUCUCUAUCUAAUUCAUAUACCUUCCGC